AAAAAAAAAAAUCCUUUUCUUUUGUCUCCCCCAACAAAAAAAAAAAAAGAAAAAAAAAGGAAGUUGCUAAUUUCUCACUUGCUUCCUGUAUCUCAAAGCAAUUAAGCGCCGGUGAAAGAAGCCGAAUUCAAACCAUAACCCGAGUUCGUCUCCUCCUCCUCAGAUUCUUCUUGACGAUUCAGUGUUGCUGCGCUUCUUUAUUUCUACAUUUUGCUUUUUUCGAUCUGAGAAUGUGCUGAUUUAUUAGAGUUGGUUUAUAGAUCGGGAUUUCAAUAAAAAAAAAAAUGGAGGAAGGUGGAUACGCGGCGUUUGAGGUUAACAAUGGAGGACGACCAACAGCGAGUGAGUUUGGUACGGCGGCGAGAUCUUCUUCGCCGUCAUUGGCUAUGUCUUCUUCUUUCCGCGAAGGAGGAAGUAGGGGUUUAUCACGGCGGAGGUCAAUGAAGCCGAGUUUUGACGCGGAUAAUGAGUUCAUUACUUUACUCCAUGGCUCAGAUCCGGUUAAAAUUGAGCUUAAUAGGCUUGAGAACGAUGUCAGAGAUAAAGAUCGGGAAUUGUCUGAAUCCCAAGCUGAGAUCAAAGCCUUGAGGUUGUCUGAACGGCAGAGAGAGAAGGCUGUUGAAGAGCUUACCGAAGAGUUGGGAAAGAUGUCGGCUGAACUCAAGCUGGCGAGACAUGAAAUCGUUAAACUUCAAGAUGAUAACAGAGCAUUGGACCGCCUAACUAAAUCGAAGGAAGCAGCUUUGCUUGAUGCUGAAAGAACCGUUCAGUCUGCUCUUGCCAAGGCUUCAAUGGUUGAUGACCUCCAAAAUAAAAACCAAGAGUUAAUGAAACAGAUAGAAAUUUGUCAGGAAGAGAACAGAAUUUUGGACAGAAUGCACAGACAAAAGGUGGCAGAAGUUGAAAAGUUUACCCAGACUGUGCGAGAGCUUGAAGAAGCUGUUCUUGCUGGUGGUGCAGCUGCAAAUGCUGUGAGGGAUUACCAGAGGAAAUUCCCAGAAAUGAAUGAAGAGAGGAGAGUCCUUGAUCGGGAACUGGCUCGUGCCAAAGUAAGUGCAAGCCGGGUUGCAACUGUAGUGGCAUAUGAGUGGAAAGAUGGUAGCGACAAAGUGAUGCCUGUGAAGCAAUGGCUCGAAGAACGAAGAUUUUUGCAGGGAGAAAUGCAACAACUACGUGACAAACUUGCCAUAUCUGAUCGAGCUGCAAAAUCUGAAGCUCAGCUGAAGGAGAAAUUUCAACUGCGGCUUAGAGUCUUAGAAGAGAGUUUAAGAGGGCCUCCAAGCGGUGGAAAUCGGUCGACACUUGAGGGAAGAAGUAUUAGCAACGGGCCGUCCCGAAGACAAUCCAUUGGCGGAGCUGAUAUUAUUCCAAAACUGACAUCGAAUGGAUUUUUCUCCAAGAGAACACCGAGUUCUCAGUUUAGAUCUUUGAAUGCUAGUACAAGUACAAUAUUGAAGCAUGCUAAAGGAACAUCCAGAUCAUUUGACGGAGGCAGCAGAUCUUUAGAUGGGAGUAAACUACUAACAAACGAACCCAGAUCGAAGUUUCCAGUGAACCAGUCUUCUGAAGGAAAAAGUGGAGACGAGUCACCUAAUUCAACAAAACAAGGAGAAUCGGACAAAGCAGCAGCGACAAAUAAUGAUAGUGUCCCAGGAGUAUUACAUGAUUUGCUUCAGAAGGAGGUGAUAACUUUAAGGAAAGCUUCUCACGAUAAAGAUCAAAGCCUUAGAGAUAAAGACGAAGCUAUUGAGAUGUUGGCGAAGAAGGUUGAAACACUAACAAAGGCUAUGGAAGUGGAAGCAAAGAAGAUGAGGAGAGAAGUAGCUGCAAUGGAGAAAGAGGUUUCCGCUAUGCGUGUGGAAAACAAAGGAUCAGAUAGUAGAACGAGACGCCCCUCUACUAACUCAAAAGGAGCUUCAACAACAGCACAGUUGCUUUCUGGAAGCAGAGGCUCAGGACGAAUGGGGAUGACGAGGAGUACCCAGUGAUCAAAGAAGUCGAUUCCACGAGCAAAAGAAUUUGAAUCUCAAUCAGUGGUUAAUAGAUUGAAGGAAUGAUAAAAGCAUACAAAUGUAGAAAUCCAAUAUGGGAAGGUUUGUGUGCUUCUCUAACAUAGUAAGAUUUCAAGGUAAAAAAAAAAAACAACGGAGAGAAACACUGAUUUCAGUUUUAUGGCUAACUUAUGUGCUGGUGAUGUUUAUUGGUUUUCUUAUAUAUAUAGAUAAAGAGUUAGGCUUGUGUUUUA